UGUUGAUGUCUCACACUAUGGACGACAUAUAAAGCAUAUCGAUGAUUUUGCAUUUUGCAAUUGUUUUCUUUUCUUUUUACCUUCUGUUUAGAAUGAAAUUGAAAAUAUCUUCGACCUUAUCUGUCGCUUUGACUAUUAACUAUACCUACGCAUUCGUGGUCAAUUCUCACACAGUUAACGGCAAGCCUUCUACACAUAUUAUCAAAUUGAAAUCAGCCAGUAUAGUAAAUGCCUCUACUUUUGAACCAACAGCAUUCAUUAGGAACCAUUAUACCACCUUCCAAAACGGCAACAGGAAAAUAAUACAAGGAAAUUUUGAUUCCAAACCUUUGGCUAUAGAUACAACUGAUGACAGCGCUUUGUUAUCGGCAGUAUCCACUCCGUCACCCGCCUUAUUUUUAAGAAACUUGGAUAUUAACCAAGAUUUCAAAACGAUCGUGGGCUCUUUCGAUUCUGCUUUCGCUACUUAUUUGAGUCAAUCGGAGUAUGUGGAAUAUGUAGAACCAAAUCAAGUGUAUAAAGCAGCUAUUUUUCCACCGGCUACCGCGCCUAAGCCAUACGAAGCAGAUAGCAAUAGCAUGCCACUAUCGAACAGCAACGAUACAUCACAGAAACAGUUACUUCAAAGGCGUAAUGUUGUCACUCAAACCAAAGUGCCAAGCUGGGGAAUAGCACGUGUUAGUCAUCGUGAUUUGAAAAACUUGGAUUCUUACUCUGCAGAUGAAGCAGCAGGUGCUGGAAUUCAUGUUUAUGUCGUUGACUCUGGUAUAAAUAUAGACCACCCUGAUAUCAAAGGUCGUGCUUUUAUAGAAGCUAAUUACGUUGAUUAUGAAGGAGAUGGCGAUUAUGCGGGACACGGAACGCAUGUCGCUGGAACGAUUGGAGGCAGCUUGUACGGUGUAGCAAAGAACGUUAUUUUGCACAGUGUUAAAAUUCUUGACAGUAAGGGAGAUGGGCUCACUACCAGUCUCAUAGAGGCUGUAUCUCAUAUCACGGAAGUGGCGAAACCAGGACGUAGCCUGAUUAAUAUUUCACUCACUGGGCCUCGCUCAAAAAUGAUUGAUGAAGUCCUUUCUAUGGCUGUUCGGGAACAUGGCAUUCCUGUAUUUGUCUCAGCUGGCAACACUGGUGACGAUGCAUGUGAAUAUUCACCUUCAGCAAACCCUGAUGUCUUUGCAGUUGGGGCUUCUAAUGACCGUGAUAAAAUUCCUAGUUUCUCUUCUUACGGUGAUUGCGUUCGUGUAUAUGCUCCAGGAACUAAUAUUACAAGUAGCUGGUUGGAGGCAAAUGUUCAAACAAUGGACGGAACAAGUAUGGCUAACCCACAUGUUACUGGUAUUGCUGCUUUGCUUAUGAGUCAGCAUACUUUCCGUUCCCCGCACGAACUUUAUAAUGCCAUUGUAGCAUUAGCGACUCCAGGCGCUUUAGAAGCGGCUUCAGAAGACGAUAAUCGAUCACCCAAACCAUUGGCUUAUAAUGGUGUUGCGUAACAAUAAAACGCAUAAAUGAAGUGUCAAUAGAAAUGAUACACAUACACCUCCCUUUUCCCCGUUUCUCUAAUAAUUACCCCUGCCCAUUCUAAUCUUUGUUCGUAGCCUACAUUCAACAUAGAU